UGCUAAAAACGUGUAUGUGACCAAUAACAUGUGAUCAUCUCUCUCUCGGCCUCUACCUCCAGGUUUGUGCGUCAGUAUCCGUUUGCCCUGCAUGCCCUGUGGUCCCUACUGAGUGGUCGAACCCUGGUGGUCCUGGGAUCUGAGGAGGGGAGGGUCAGGAGGCUGGUGUCCGCUCUGGCCCUCUACGUGCCUGGACCCGGGCGCUGUGGGGAGAGGGUCCAGCCCUGGUUGUCCUGCCCCUUCAGCCUCACUGACCUACAGCGAUGGAAACUCAUAGGACUGCAGAGGAUGGCGUCUCCCGUGGGGACCAGCAUGCUCUGCUCUCUGUCUCGCUACAGCCGUUACAUCUCCGUCCUGGACGCCGACCGGAAGACCCUCCGUUGCCCCGGCUACCGCGGAACCCUCCUGGCCAACGUGGCGGACCACCGAACCCGUCUGCGUCGAGGUUCCACCUACUUCCUUCAUCUCCAGAACGUGCUCAGUAGACUGGCUUCCCGGGCCUUCCUCCUUAGCUUUACGCAUCACCUCCACCUUCCCAUCAGCCACCUGGAGCAGAGACAGGAAGUGGAGGAGAGGACGAGGGGCUUCCUGAGGGAUCAGCUCAGGCUUGGGGAAGACGACUGUUCCAUCCUGAUGUACCUGAGUCAGCUGAUCACACAGCACUACCUGGACAGUACCUCAGUAGGAGCUGUUACGACACAACCCCACCUGGAGAAGGACAACACGCCUGGAACCAACCAGCAGCACCUGGACAGUACCUCAGUAGGUGCUGUUACGACACAACCCCACCUGGAGAAGGACAACACGCCUGGAACCACACAGCAGGACCUGGAAGCUAACAACAUACUAGACCCUGCCACUGGGGGUGCUAUAACCCCAGAGCAGUACCUAGACCCUACCACUGGGGGCACUAUAAACCCAGAGCAGUACCUAGACCCUACCACUGGGGGCACUAUAACCCCAGAGACGGGCCUAGACCCUACCACUGGGGGCACUAUAAACCAACAAGACCCUGAGUCUAAUACUGGAGGCAGAGUGAAUACAGGGCAGUACCUAGACCCUACCACUGGGGGCGCUAUAACCCCAGAGCAGUACCUAAACCCUUCCACUGGGGGUGCUAUAACCCCCGAGCAGUACCUAGACCCUACCACUGGGGGUGCUAUAACCCCAGAGCAGUACCUAGACCCUACCAUCCAUCAGUCUGCUACUAGGAGCAGAGCUCCACCCAGCUUCACCUUUAACUACACCACCAGUCUCCUAUACAAGAUCUGAUCUGAAACACUGACUGGGGUCGAAUCUCCUGAGAGCCUUCAAGUCCUCUCUACUCACCUCCUCAAAACAACACCGGAGGAGACAGAUCUGCGGUAGAUUCACUCUGGGUUGGAGACGGGAGGGCCCGUCUCUGUCUCCUAGGUAAUCAGGAGAGACUGAGGGCCUGUCUCUGUCUCCUAGGUAACCAGGAGAGAUUGAGGGCCUGUCUCUGUCUCCUAGGUAACCAGGAGAGAUUGAGGGCCUGUCUCUGUCUCCUAGGUAACCAGGAGAGACUGAGGGCCUGUCUCUGUUUCCUAGGUAAUCAGGAGAGACUGAGGGCCUGUCUCUGUCUCCUAGGUAACCAGGAGAGACUGAGGGCCUGUCUCUGUCUCCUAGGUAACCAGGAGAGACUGAGGGGGUUUAGUGAAUGUAAAGUAGCAGUGUUCACGUCAAUCAUGCUGUCCAUCAAGUCCUCCUUCCGAUGAAUGUCCUAACCUUGGGGGGGGGGGGGGGCCUGGACCCUGAUUUUGAUGAUUGACAAGUCACUAUGAACCGUCCUUCUGAUCUGAGCGAGAAGUGUGUGUGUUGUGUGUGAAACGUUAAUAUGUUCUGUGUGCGUUCGUGCCGGUCUGUCUCGUGCCGGUCUGUCUCCCGUGACGUUGCAUGUUGUCCACGGAACCACAGGACUACUACAGUUGCUUAGGAACGUUGCCGUUGUAAAAAGACCAGAUUGGUGCCCAUUCAACACAUCUAAUCUAACAAAACAGGAUCAUUUGUAACAAACCCACGAUGUAGUUACUUAAGUCCCGAUAUAUUGGACUGUUUUCCCUGUAAACAUGUAGCAGUUGUCCUUUUUUCAGGUUUAGAAGAAGAGGUGACCGCUAAAUGCUAACUCCCAUCCGUAUAAGCUGGUAGCAUAGCUAGCAUACAGAAAUCGUUGAUGGUAGUCAUGUCGUUUAAAAAAAAAAACGGAUGCACUUGAUUGGUGACGAUGAGUUGAUGUUAACGUCCACACAAGCAUUAUACCUCAACAUCGUGUGAAAUAGACAACAACUUAAAUGUAGGCUAAUUUAGCUUUGGGGUAGGGGGGGGGGGGGGGGGGGGACAAUGAGGAAGCUUGGGGAUCUUAACCCCCGACACGUUUCCAUGGCAACGGCGUUCCCAUUGUUUUGUUCAGUUGGAUUUAGCUCGUUACUGCAUCUGUAACCAACGACGUGUAUAUAAACUCAGGACUGCUGAUGCUUUGUUUUGGCCAUUUAGAGGCUUUAAGCCACCGGUCGGCCAUUUUGACAGUCCUCCAUAGGAUGGAAUGGAAUUCUACAGCAUUUCAAUUAAAGGUUUCGAGGACCAAAUUACAUGUAUUUCAGUAUUUGUUGUUGUUGUAGUUUGGGACAGUAACAUUAGUAUUUUUAAGAGGGGGGGGGGACGUUUAUUUUUUUGGUGUAGCUCACAUGUGUAAAAUUAUACAUUUAAGGUGUAUAAUGGAAUAAACGUGUUGUGACAUUAGUAAAUGGAUUUCUAUAUCUUCCAACAUAUUAUUUACAAUUGAGAGCCAAGAUGGCUGCCGGUGGCUUCAAUACAGCACCCCCCUGUCAGCCAUCCAGGGUUUAUACACAUUAAGGAGAGCCAAAAUGGCUGCCCGGUGGCUUCAAUACAGCACCCCCCUGUCAGCCAUCCAGGGUUUAUACACAUCAUUAAGGAGAGCCAAAAUGGCUGCCCGGUGGCUUCAAUACAGCACCCCCCUGUCAGCCAUCCAGGGUUUAUACACAUUAAGGAGAGCCAAAAUGGCUGCCCGGUGGCUUCAAUACAGCACCCCCCUGUCAGCCAUCCAGGGUUUAUACACAUCAUUAAGGAGAGCCAAAAUGGCUGCCCGGUGGCUUCAAUACAGCACCCCCCUGUCAGCCAUCCAGGGUUUAUACACAUCAUUGAUUUAUAGAGCCCCUUAGUGGUGUCAUAAUUCCCAUAAAACCUAGCGGUCAAAUAGGGAAAUGGUUCCAAUCAUUUUUCCACCAUGUUAAUCUCUCUCGGACAAGGUGACUUUAAAUCAAUAUAUUCGGCUGUUUACUCUGAUUUGAAAAUGCUAAUUAGCAUCAAAGUAGACAUGCAAAACUACAAAUCCCAGCAUGCUCCUGCACGUCAUCUCUAGCUGACACCUUUGCUAACAGAUAUUGUGUCAAUUAAAAAACUUACACAAGACAGUUCGCAGAAUUGUCCAUUUAAAUUAAAUGUAGCUAAUUUAUUAAUAACUACAUUUAGCUAACAUUAGAUAGUUAAUACAGAGAUUCUUACCUUUGUCUCGAUUCGUCAGUCUCUUGUCCAGAUCAUCAUGGUAUUUGUAGUUCUUUAUGAUAGCCACAUUAGCAGCUAAUUAGCAUUCUUUUUUUUUGUGUGUGGGGGGGGGGGCGGGGGGAAUAAAGGCAACCUAUAUUUGAUUUAAAGAAUCACCUUGUCCAAGAGAGAUUUACACAGCCCUUAUUUUAAGAUCCUGAACUGUAUUCUGGGAAAAACAAUUUGAACCAUUUCCCUGUUAUUGGGUCCUAUGACUGUACUGUGGUACUCUACAGAGGAGGGACUGUCAGAUGUGAACCAUUUCCCUGUUUAUGGGUCCUAUGACUGUACUGUGGUACUCUACAGAGGAGGGACUGUCAGAUGUGAACCAUUUCCCUGUUUAUGGGUCCUAUGACUGUACUGUGGUACUCUACAGACGAGGGACUGUCAGAUGUGAACCAUUUCCCUGUUAUUGGGUCCUAUGACUCUACUGUGGUACUCUACAGAGGAGGGACUGUCAGAUGUGAACCAUUUCCCUGUUAUUGAGUAUUAUCUCUCUACAGAGGAGGGACUGUCAGAUGUGAACCAUUUCCCUGUUAUUGAGUAUUAUCUCUCUACAGAG